AUGGAUUUGUUUGAUGGAGGGACAUCGAUAGCGGAUAUUCUCCGUGACGCCGCUAAUGAAGUUCUUCAUGCCAACAUACCCCCUGGUUUCGUGUAUAUUGACGAAUACGGACAGUAUUAUUCGCAUGAAAGCGGAUUAUAUUACGACCCGAACACGUUUCUUUAUUACCAUCCUGAAAAUAUGACAUAUUACAAACUAAAUGAGCAAAUUUAUGAAUACGAAAUCGUUGAAUGUGUUCAGCCGACCAAAUGGUCAAGUAAUAAUUAUCGAAAACGAGCCAUCGAAGCUGUCGGAGAAGAUGAGUUCAAAAAAUUUAAUCAGGAUUCUGUCGAUAUUUGCGAAAUUGUUUUCAAACUUAUUGGCAAAAUUUUAAAACAAGAGCAUAUGGAAAAUCCAGAAAGCCAAAGAAAUAUCAGUAAGCCGGUGAAAGAAAUAACAGCAGACGAUAUUCGAAAAAAGUUGCGAAAAAGGAAACGACACGUUAAAACCGUUUUCGAUGAAGCCAGUGGAUGCUUUGUUGAACUGGAGACAUCGGAAGAUGCAGAAGAAAAUUCAGAUGAGCAUCAGAAACACGAUGCUGAUGAAGAGUCGGAUGACGACAAAGAAGUCCUCCAUGGAGAUGAACGCGCUAUUUUUAUGAAAGAAGAAAGGUUUAGUGAAGCUCCUCUUAUUCGCAUUAUUGAUCACCAGCAUAAACUUUCGAUUGUGACACUAUCCGGUGGAUAUAUCGGAUCAGAUCCUGAUUGCGAAGUUCUCUUGUACAAUCGUCUACUACCAGAGAGAUGUGCCGAAAUUUCAUAUAAUUCGGAGAUUCGAUGUUUUAAUCUUGCAAAAAUCGAUGAUGGCUGUGUUAUUCAAUGCAAUUCAAUUGUGGUGAAGACCGACUCUCCUGUUGACAUAUGUCAUGGAGAUGUUGUUAUCAUUAGCGGAGAGCGACUUGAUUUUCAUGUGCACUUUGGAUCAAACACCUGUCCUGGAUGCGAACCUGGUUUGAUAAUGUCAAAAGAAACCGAUGAAGAAAUCACAGGACAGGCGAAAUAUAUUUCCGGAGAGUUGGCUCGAAGGAAAAACUUAAAGAAAAUGAUGAGAUCCUAUGGAAUUACACCGGAUGAAAAAUUGAAUGGACCAAUUCGGAAAGCUGAUAAAAAACCAAUAAGUGGUCUGUCGUAUAUAAAUAUUGAAAGAAGCAAUGAUCCUUAUGGAUCGUGUGCGGCGAAGCCUGUUCCCGAAUCUCAGCGGAAAUUUGACAUUCCGUCCAGCAGUGCGAAGUCUUCUGAAGCAGCUAAUAUUGAAAAACCAUUGGAUCGGGGAAACAUUGGAUUCAAAUUGCUCAAAUCGAUGGGGUGGUCCGAAGGUAAAGGACUUGGUAAGGAUGAACUGGGAAAAGUCGAACCGGUCGCAACGGCAAUCAAAAAUAAUCGGCAAGGGCUUGGAGCGCCGACAGAAAAGAAGCCAAAGAGUUACAAAGAAUCGAUAUUGGAGAAAACGAGAGAACGUUUCAAUCAGGUGUAUUGCUUGAGAAAAUAUGCAUAUAAUUACUAA